ACUGAAAGCCGGCCAAGAGUGUGUCGGACGCCUGAGCUGAUGCCGCCUGAAUUCAUUCCAUCGCAAUCUCAACGUACUCUCGUCCCGCUCCUCGGACGAACACCUUUCUGCUUCAUCGUGUCACCCUUUUCCGUGUUCGGUGCUGGCCACCAGGGUACACCAUCUCACCCUUUAUGAACAUUCAGGAUCCGGUCAAUCUUUUCCAAAGCGCAACAUGAUUCACAGAUCAGCUGGCAAUGCCCACGGGGCCGCCAUGCUCGGCGCUGUCCCGUCCCACGCGAUGGAGCACUUGCCCGCCAGCGGUCACCAGCAGCACACCCCAGAAAAACAGAGGCAUUACCCUCUCGUCUCCCCCUCACGAUGGAAGUCUUUUCCACGUCCUUCGAGCAGAGGCCAGUCCAGUGUGCCACCCACGCCUUCCUUCUCGGAGCAGCAGCAGCUCGUGCAGAACCACUGUCCCGCAUCCACAGCGCCGCCCAGCUUGAGCACUAGCACUAGCACCUCCACUUCCCAUCCGUUCUCUAUAACGGCUUCGCGUCGCCGCAAUCGCCAUCGAUUAAGUGUCACGCGCUUCUCUAUAUCUGGAGGUAGCUAUGGCGCGGGGGUUCCCGCAAGCGGCCCGCACGGAUCCUCCGCAGAAGAAGUUACCACUUCCCCCGUACCCGACUUCGAAAGCAUGCUGGUGAACGACGACCUUGUUAUUCGCGCUGAACUCGAUGAUGCUACCUAUGUGUCACCGUCGCCCUCGCAGCAGACUCCGGUGGGCAUUAUCAUGGCAACCUCAGUCGUUCAGACGGAAGAAUACGUUGACAAUGCGUCUUUGCGUAGUGAUCUGCAGCAAAGCCAUCGCUCUCGGAUGGAGAUGAGGGCAGACGUUCGACACCACCAACCCGUCCCUCUGGAGAAGCUGACAGUUGCUCAGAUGGUGAUACACGACGCUGGGUGGCAACCGGACCUGAGCAGGGAGAAAGCACUUCCCCAAACGCGUGAACCUUCGCUUGGACCGCCCCAGCAUCAGAAUCACCAACAGAGCACCCAGGCGCAAUCAUUGCAGCGUCGCGAGCUGUCCUCAUUACUCGCUGCCGCUCCUGUGCGCCUGGGUGGCACUGAAAUGUCAACGUCGAUGGGCUUCACGCUCGACGCACUUGAUCGCAUGACCGAGGAUGAUGCAGCUAGGAGGCAUGAAAAGAGCAGCAUGGUUGGCAAGGCGCGCAAGCUGUUCGGGCGCCAGUCGCCGCAUUUUGCGGGUGCUGGCGGUGGUGAGGGCGGCGGCGUGGCAUCCGCGGCCGAAGCAGCGAGAGCAGCCGUAUCCACGCCCGAUUUGCACGGCCUCUUGAGUGGCGCCUUCCUGCCUGAUGACAAAGGCAACGGCUCCAUUCUUCAAGAGCAAGCUCCCGCUGCUAGAUCCGCAAGUCGGACGUCAAAUCUCUUCAAAAUACCCCCCUCAGUCAUCACGGAACGGAACGAUCAACAUGUCUACGUGCCGGCGUUAGCAGUUUCGCCGGGGUCGACGUCGUCCUCUCCACAGUUCAUGCACAGCCCACAGCAGUUCACAGCAGCAUCGGUAUCCAGCUUGAGCCUCUCGAAGGGCUCGCACCAGCAUGCACCACAGUUCACAGCGCAGCAAUGCCCUAGCAUGCAAGGCGCGAGACGCCAGUACGCCAACGACCUGACUUCCACCAACACGGUCAGCUCCGAUGGAGUUAGCGACUGGGUUAUGCUGUCGUUUGAUGCUCUCAGUGAGACCGGCUCCUCUCUAUGGCCGCAUGCUCAUCAGCGCUCUCAGCUCCAGAUGUACAAGGUGGGUCGCAUUGAGAGCGACAGCACAUCGAGCAUGCCGAUCGGAUUCGGCGCAGCAGCAUACCAACCCUCUUCCAGUCAGGGCCACUAUGUCGCUGGAUGGAGAAGCGACGCAGAGAGCGAUUUCCUGCACUUUAGCCGUCCGCAACCGCCGCCAAGCUACGUACCGCAUGCCCACAAGGAAGUUGCGGAGCGCACAGAGAUGCGAGGUGCCGCUGGGACGGGAGGCAGCAAUGCCGGCAACGCAGGUGCGCAUAGUGCCGGGCCGGCUUCAGGCCCCGACUCAAAACCCGAAUUGUCAAAGCGUGGCGGUAGGCUGAGGAAGAUUAAGUCUUCCCUUGGCUUGAAGAUCUCAUCGGAUAAAUCGGCUGUCGAAGAUGAAGCUCGUGCUCCCGAUGCAUCUUUGUUCCGCGCCCUACCUGCGCGCGUGGAAACGCCGAUGGGUGCAGAUGGAUCGCGAGACAAGCACCGAGAACGCUCCAGAACGCUGGUUGGAAAGUAUCCUACUCGCAACAAGUCUGUCGAGAGCCUGCGCCAGCUGUCACAGCGCCAGCAAGCGUCAGCGUACUUCGGGAACUUUCCGUACAGCAGCAAAUCUGCCGGCGCAGAAGCACAUCUCCGGGCCGAAGACGGCGAGGCAAAAGAGCAGCAGAUCUCUCCGACCUCGCCCGCCUUGACGCCCCAGUCUGUGCCGGCGGGCCGUUCGGCCUCACGAUCGACGAUGGCGUCGUCGGAUCACUCGAUGGCCAUACCAGCCGGCAGCAGCGUCGAUUCGUUCCGCAUAGCAGGGCACAAUUGCGUGCUGCACAGCCCUCGAGACUCGUCCUACUCAACAUCGGCCUAUCCAUCUGAAGCGCACCAGCGGGGGUCUGCUGCCGCUACCGCGGCCUCGUCGCCCCACGCUGGAUAUCUCUCGCUGAGUGUCACGGAGGAUGAUGGCAAGGAGAUCAUCACAUCUCCCAUCGUCUUCACGGGCACGAACGGCAGCGGAAUGUCAUACUACCCGCCAUCUAGAUCCCACUCCACCUCGCGCUCGCGACGUCAGCGCAUGGAAGUUAACGAUGACGAGCCGCGCAUGCCGAGUGUGCAACAUGACUCCCCAGAGAUGGAUCUGCAGCCUUUGCCUCCACCCGCAGCUGCUCUAGUGGGCGCGCCGUUCGCAGGACUUCUGAGCAGUGUCCACUCGACAAAGAAACAGCCAAACGAUGCAGGCGUCGCAUUGAGACCUGUCAGCGAUAGGGACGCAGCCAUACGAAACGAGCUGUUCCAUGAACGCAUGGGCAGCGAGGAGUUGUCGCAGAGGUGGAAGGUGAUCAACGAGACUACAACUCAUCAGACCAGCACGACAAGGGCCGCUUUAGCUGCGCUCGAGGGGUGUGCAUGGCGGCGGACGUCGAUGUCCGUCAGCCACAUUCCAUCCAACUGGGACCAGGACCUUUUAGAGACGCGGUCGACGUUGAUGAGCAUCACUGCGUUCCGUAGCAGCGCGCGCGCACGCGUGCGCAUGACGCUCCUCUCCUGCGAGACUCAUGCGGCCAAGACGGGGACGAUGGAGAGCAAAGGGGGGUUUGUGCUCGUCGACAGCGAUGGGUACGUCAUGUACGUGCUUAAGAAGAGCAAGGGGAUCCUGUCUGGGCGCACGAAAAUUGUGGCGCACCGUGGAUUCGCGGACGGGGUGAGUGCGGUCGAAGGAGAGGCAGACUUGGACCAUAGCAAGCACACUGAAAUGGCGAAUGCUUCCAUUCCGAAAGCCUGCCUUGAUGCAGUCUCGCAUGUCAAACUUCCGCGGAUAUAGGAGCUGCACUCUGCAGCGACUCAAGGCGAACUCCUCCUCGGCCCCGGCAGAUC